ACAACCAGCGAGGCCGGCCACAGGCCGGGCCAGAGACCGGCCCUCCUAUUGGCUGAGAGGAGUGUGGGAACUGAAACCAAGUAGAAUUCACAGGCCCCGCCGCUCCACUGCCUUUUUAAAGCCCUCAAUGCACAGGCUCCAGGUUCAAGUUUGUAGGAGUGCACCAGCUCUGCGCUCACUAGGCCGCCUGGUGCAUUAUGCUGGUGGACAUUCCAGGGAAGUCGAACGCUUGCUUCACCCCUCGCCGGAGCUCUGGCCAGCCCUAGCUGGAUCCAAGACGAGUCGGACAGCGCAUCCUAAAACCGCAAGGUUGAGCGAGGGACAACUAAACACCGGACUUAGCCGCUGCUCCACCUAAUAAUCCUCCAAGCUGGUCAUGGAGAAGUGGCGACUAGCGCGCAUCAACGCGAGCCUGGUUCUGCUCCAGACAAUCAUCCUGAACACGCAUGGGAAAGACGUGAGCCGGGCUGGGAUGAAGCACUAGAAGGGGGUCCAGUUCUCUAGGCUUAUUGUGGCCCUCAGAUCCUAAGAUCUAGAGUGUAGGAUACCUCUGGCUUGUCACCCAUCCUGCGUUCCUGCUCCAGAGCUCCCAGCACACAAAACUAGAGACGGCUGACAGAGACAUCUGCAGAACCUACAUGGCCCAGUGACAGGUGGGAGGUGAGAGAGUUGCUGCUGAGUGCUAUGACUUCCUUGUGUAAGGGGAUGGCCCCAUCACAAAUUCAGCCUGCAGAGUAUCUUGUGAGCCGUAUGGAAGCUGCGACUAGGCUACCAUGAAGUAAGGCAAGGAACUCUACCACAGGCUGAUCUGUCAGCUCCUCCAAGAGGCUAUCUCUGGAUCUUCUUGUGCUGAACUGCACACCUGGGAGAAAUCUGACUGUGACAAUGUGUCAUGGUAAAGUUAUUUGGAGUUAAAUUGAAAAUAGGGGAAACUGAAGUAGAUUUCUAACUCGAAGAAUGAAUUAGAAGAAUCUGGAAGAAGCGGAGUCUGUCUUGUGGUUCCUCCAGACGGAAAUGGACUACCAGGGCGGGGGCAGGUACUACGAGGUCAGGCAAGGUGGUAGCAGUGUGUACUACUUAGUUCAUGGAACCUGGAUUUGUGAAGACCCUGCCUGGCCCAAAGUCUUGCUGUCACUCCAGCACUUCUGCUGAUGUGCAAUGGACAACUUCCAGUAUAGUGUCCAGCUCAGUGAUCGAGAGUGGGCUGAGUUUUCUGCCACUGCUGAUGAGUGUGGCCUCUUGCAGGCUGGCCUGGCCUCUGGUGACGAGCUCUUGUCCAGUGACAUUGACCAAGGGGACAGCAGCGGAAGCAGCCCCCCUGGGCCCCCACCCCUCUUCACUGGGCAGCUGGCUCCCCAGGGGAGGGGACAACAGGGCUGUGAACUGGAGGACGUGGCUACUCGGCAGCUGGUCAGCAGGUCUCAGUGUGAGCCUGUCCUGGCUCUAGAAGCCAGUCAUCAGUCAGCCAGCACGUCCACACAGUCAGAAGCUCUACUGUUUCUCAGCUCAGACAGCGUCUGUCCUGGCCAGGCUUCGUCCUUCCCUGGGUCAACAAUUUCCAGGGACAAGAUGCAGAGGCUUUUGCAGGGCCCUGCUCCCAGAUCUCCUGGUGAGCCCUCUCAUAGUCCGGAGUCCCCUGGCCACAGUGCCAUCCCUCAGAGUCCCCCAGACAACCUUGAAGCUCCACUGCGGAACCCUGGUCGUAAGAAGAGGCGUGCUGUGGGCGCCAAGGGGGUCAAGUGCUCUGGAUCUCUGGGCUCUCCUGCUGCUCAGAUGAGCUCCCCACAACUUACGGAGACCAGGCCCAAGGGGGUUCUUGUGUCUGGGACAUUAAUGGCAAAAGACCAGCAGGAUAAGCCACAGUCAGACCCUGCAGGUGCUUCUGAACUUGGCUCUAGCAUCCCUGAACAGAUGGCCAGACAAGAGUCAGGCUUGGACCCAUCUACACCUGUUCUAAUAACUGAACAAGAUACAGACCAGACCAGAAAGACACCCAGCGCUGAGCUACACAUGACAUCCAAACCUCAGCCAGAUGUCUCCAUCACCUCUCCAAAUGCGUCUCUCUCUACACAUGCCUGCAAGCCUCAACCCUGCACGGCUUUGUCUAAACAUGCCUCCAAACCUCAAUCUGACAUAGUUUUGUCUACACCUGGCUCCACAUCUGACAGGACUUUGUCCACACUUGCCUCCAAAUGUCAACCCAAUACAAAACAGUCUACACCUGCCUCUGAUCCUGACAUGGCUUUGUGUACCCCUGCCUCCUUCUUUCAACCGGACAAAACUGAGUCUGCCCCUGCUUGCGUACCUGGACUGCGUGAGGACCUAUCCACAGAAGGCUCAGAGAUCAAGGCAGAAGUUUAUCCCUCUGUGCCUGCCCCAGUAGUCUGUCCAGAUCUGCCUCAUUCUGUUUCAAAGACCGAGUCUGAAGAGAGUGUGUCUGUACCCGCUAUGCCUUCCUUGUCCUCUAUUUCCCAGGCUGAAGCUGCCUUGGUGGAUACAGAUGUGACUGUGCCUUCUGGAGGAUACUCUGAGAAGCCAGUAGGGCAGCUCUCAGCAGGGUCCUUGGAAUAUUCCUCAGGGGAGCCUCGUCUAGGUCCUGCCCAAACCCCCAAGAAGAAGAAAGUACGAUUCUCCAUGGCUGCACCUACCCACGAAGAAUCAGGAUCAGUUGAGCCUACAGGCCCACCCUUCUUAACCCCAGAUUGGCCCUCAGCUCCUAGGACAGCAGCAGGGAGCCGUGGGGGGUCUGCAGCCUGGGAUGCUGUGGCUGUUGGGCCCCGACUUCCCCAACCUCGGAUCCUCAAGCACCUGCCUCCUCCUCCAUCCUCUGUCUCAGCAGAACCUGAGCCUGGAAGCUGCUAUGCAGUGACUCUCCCUGAGGCCUAUGAGUUCUUCUUCUGUGAUACUAUUGAAGAGGAAGAUGAAGAUGUAGAGGAUGAGGCAGCAGCCAGCCAAGCCCUGGAUGACGUCCAGUGGCCUGACUCAUGCGAGUUCUUUUUUCAGGACAGUAGAACCCAAAGGUCAAGUUGUCAGAGGGGACGCUCCCCAGCCCCACCCCCAAGGGCAGAGGCUGUGGCACCUGCUCCCCCUGGAGAUUUAGUGCCUAUCUCCAUCCCUGAGGUCUAUGAACACUUCUUUACAGAGGAAGGAUUUGGUAACAGUCAACCACCGGCCACCCGUGUCCAGCUGCCGACCUCAGAGCUCUUCAGGGAAGUAGGGCCUGAGGCAUAUUCCAUGCCUGUUCCAGCUACAGAAGAACAUCUUAGCUUGGCGAUCAGAGAGGCAGGAGAGCUACGGAAUCCCCUUACUUCCUUUACAUUCAGCCAGAAUGACAUGUGCCUAGUGUUUGUUGCCUUUGCCACUUGGGCUGUGAGAACCUCUGAUCUACACGCUCCAGAUGCUUGGAAAACAGUCUUGCUGGCCAACAUUGGCACCAUUUCUGCUAUCCGCUACUUCCGCCGCCAGGUUGGGAGAGGGCAUAAUGGCAGACCAAGACCCAGUUCCAACUCAAGCCCAAGCUGCUAGGAGCCAGGCUGGCCUGGUGAGGUGUGCGGCACUGGGAUGAACUCAGGUGACAAGGACAAGAUGUUGUUCUUCUCUCCACCUUUGAACCCUAUCUUCUUUGGCAUCUAGGAAGGAGCCAGUGUCCUUGGUGCUGACUGAUUUGGACUCAACCUAAGGGUCCAGCCAGUGGCUAAGGCCAAGGCCGUUUUCCAAACCUGAGAGGGUAGAGGUUCAGAAUUGUGGACUGAGCCAGGAUUUGGGUAAUAGGGCACCAGAUUUGCAAGUAAAAACCACAGGGCACAUAGCUAUAUUUGAAUUUACAUGAAGUUCUUGAGGUGUACUUGUGAAGAAAUUAUUUGUGGUUAUCUGAAAUCCAAUUUAAUUGGGCACCCUAUCUUCUGUCCAGUCAUAAAUAAGGGAUGGGCAGCAGAAGGGGACUCUACAAUAAGUGUAAAAUCAGAAAGGCCCCUCUGGAUCUGGGCCAAGAGGUUAUUAAGAGAUUUCAAAGCUAGAGUGAAGCAGUCCAAGAACUCUGCCCUAUUGAAAGGCAGGCUUGGCUGGCAAGGUCCUCCAAGGCCCUGAUCCCUGAGGCACCGCAGCCACAGCUUGCCUAGGCCUGGCCUGAGUCGAUGAAUAGGUUCUAGGACAGUGGUUCUUGACUUUCCUAAUGCUGUAACCCUUUAAUACAGUUCCUCAUGCUGCGGUGACCCCCAACCAUAAAAUUAUUUUUGUUGUGACUUCAUACCUGUAAUUUUGCUACUGUUAUGAAUCAUAAUGUAAAUAUUUUUGGAGCUAGAGGGUUUCCAAUAGGGUUGCAACCCACAGGUGGAGAACCACUGUUCUAGGGGGAUACCUCUGGGGAUGGUUUCUGAGACCUUUGCAAUAUGGGAUCUGUGAGGCAGGGCUGGAUCUUCUCCAAGAGCCCUGGAUAGGAUAUACAUAGAAUCUGAUAGUAUCCUAUGGAAGGAUUGUCUUCUGAUACUAUAGGGAGCUUGAAUGACGCCAAGGCUGAGAGAAGUUGUAGAGUGGGAAUGUAGGUGAAGGGACUGAGGUGGUACAGUAAAGACAGCACCCGAAGGUCUUUAGGAUGGUGGAGUACUCUGGCUGCUCAGAGGGAAACGCAGGGACACAGAACCAAUAAAGUCUUUUUCUUGUU